GACUGCUUUUCAGGAAUCUGAAAAUGAUAACUGGUACAAAGGAAGAAUGUCUUAGUGCUCUGAAAAAUGGUGAAUGGGUGGCUCUUGCACCUGGGGGAACACGAGAGGCCAUCUUUAGUGAUGAAACCUAUAAAACUAUAUGGGGUAAACGCACAGGUUUUGCAAAAGUUGCCAUAGAAGCCAGAGUGCCCAUAAUCCCAAUGUUUACAGAGAAUAGUCGUGAGGGGUACAGAACACUUGGAAGAAUAAGACUACUGAAAAACUUAUAUGAAUAUAUUCGAUGGCCAUUAGUUUUUCUGUAUGGUGGGUUUCCAGUGAAAUGGCGUACACAUGUUGGACAGCCCAUACCAUAUGAUCCAAAUAUAACUGCUGAAGAGCUGGUGGAAAAGGCACAAAAUGCUUUACGGAUGUUAAUACACAAACACCAGAAACAACCAGCAAGCAUAACAAGAGGUCUGUUGGAACGAUUUCAUAGCAAGAAAAAUGAAUAAUUGCAAUAAAUAUAUUAUGUAACAAUUACAGCCUUCUCCUUAUUGUAACUCUAUAUUAUGUAAUAUGUAUUAUAUAUACAUUUAUCUAAAUGAGUUCCUGUAUCUCAUAGUUCAGCUGGUUUUGAAGUCUUCCAGGCUGAAGGACUUCAUUCUCCAUGCCUUGGGUGUACACUUCAUAUAGGCUUGGAGUUUCACAGCCUCUGUAGUAACCCAAGUGAUCUUGGACUCAAUGUAUAUAAGCAGUUACACAUUAGACAUUGUCUUUUCUUUGAAUCAGGUGAGACAUAAUCUGAAGAUGGAGGACAUUGCCAUUAAUACUUUGCCAUAGUUGGGUCGUUAUCUGGUUCAUGUGUCAACUGAUGCCACACUUGACCUCUUCAAGGGUGGAGGACUGGUUAGAAAGGCUUGCCCCAUGUGCCUGAUGGAAUAAUUUGACCUUCUAAGGAUUAUUGGGAAAUUUUCUGGCAAGAAGGUAGGCCGUUGUAGAGGGAAGAGGGAAUGACCUUGAAGGAUAGGAGGAAGAGCUACUACCAAGGCAAUGUUCAGAUAAAAGGGGCCUGAGCCCAGGUCACGACAGUAACUUGAGGAAAUAUUUGUUAAAUUAAAAUGAUUUUAAAAUAAUUAAAAUUGUUAAAGGAUAUUUUCUUUAAUUGUAGGAUUUUGUUGCAACUGUGAUGUUUAUGUUGGGGAUUGUUUUAUUAUGUUGAUGUUUUAUUAUAAUUGAUAGUAAUUAUAAACUGCCUGGAGUCUUUGAA